AUGCAGCCUCAAGGUCCCCUGGACCGACAAUGCCAGCCAGUUCUCCGCGGGCAUGCUGUUUCAUCCAAGGCCGACCUUGCCUGUCGGCAUGCAGCCUCAAGGUCCCCUGGACCGACAAUGCCAGCCAGUUCUCCGCGGGCAUGCUGUUUCAUCCAAGGCCGACCUUGCCUGUCGGCAUGCAGCCUCAAGGUCCCCCGGACCGACAAUGCCAGCCAGUUGUCCGCGGGCAUGCUGUUUCAUCCAAGCCCAGCCUUGCUGGCAUACAACUCCGAGGUCUUCCACAGACCAUCACCAGUCGACUUCAGCCCGGUGCUAGCCACCUCCAAGCCCAGCCUCGAUCAAGCCCAGCCCAGUGCUGGCCACCUCCAAGCCCAGCCUCGCUAG